AUGACAGAAGUAGAAAAAAUAUACGAAUUUAAAGAGGAACUUGGAAGAGGUGCUUUUUCAAUUGUAUAUCUUGGUGAAAAUAAACAAACUAAACAAAGAUAUGCAAUCAAAGUUAUCAAUAAAUCAGAAUUGGGUAAAGAUUAUGAAAAGAAUUUAAAGAUGGAGGUUGAUAUCUUAAAGAAAGUUAACCACCCAAAUAUUAUCGCAUUAAAAGAGUUAUUCGAUACUCCAGAGAAAUUAUACCUUGUUAUGGAACUUGUUACAGGUGGUGAAUUAUUUGAUAAAAUUGUUGAAAAAGGUUCAUAUUCAGAAGCAGAUGCCGCCAAUUUAGUUAAAAAGAUUGUUUCAGCUGUUGGAUACCUUCAUGGGUUAAAUAUCGUCCACAGAGAUUUAAAACCAGAAAAUUUACUUUUGAAAUCUAAAGAAAACCAUUUGGAAGUUGCUAUUGCUGAUUUUGGUCUUAGUAAAAUUAUUGGCCAAACUCUUGUAAUGCAAACUGCAUGUGGUACACCAAGUUAUGUUGCACCAGAGGUAUUGAAUGCAACUGGUUAUGAUAAGGAAGUUGAUAUGUGGAGUAUUGGUGUCAUCACUUAUAUUUUAUUAUGUGGUUUCCCACCAUUCUACGGUGAUACAGUCCCAGAAAUCUUUGAACAAAUUAUGGAAGCCAACUAUGAAUUCCCAGAAGAAUAUUGGGGUGGUAUCUCUAAAGAAGCCAAAGACUUUAUUGGAAAAUUAUUAGUUGUUGAUGUUAGCAAAAGAUUAAAUGCUACCAAUGCUCUCAAUCAUCCUUGGUUAAAGUCCAAUAACUCAAAUAACACCAUUGAUACUGUUAAAAUGAAAGAAUACAUUGUUGAAAGACAAAAAACUCAAACAAAAUUGGUUAACUAA